CGUUGGUAAUGUCAGGGGCUUUUCCCACUAUCUUUCUUCCAUUUCCGCUGCCAGGGCUACUUUCAUGGUUCUUUUUAUUGCAUUGCCUCCUUCCUUAUCUCUAGAAAAUUUCCUGACACCCUAGCGCCUACCUUAUAGUGCCUGUACACUUCGGUGCUAUCCAUACCUACCUUAGGUGCCUGCCUACCUACUGUAUUGAAAAGUCCUUCUUCUGCCCAGUUUAAUGUCUGCGUCUUCCAACUUCAUCCCCACAAUCUAUUGAAAGGAUUCGAUCAAACCAAUAUGCUUCUUUAUCUACAACUUCAACAAUUCGGGUCUCCAAUUCCGAGAAUGGUUAGCUAGUCCAGGUUGUUUCUGACCAAAGUCUAGCCCAGGCCGCACCCUGUUUUCUCGACAUCAAAAUUACCUGGCCACUGGCAGUGCCCCAAAGACUCACUCCGCACCAAGUCGCCGGACCAUUCCUAUUUCUUAUACUCGACGCAUUGCAAGAAAACCUUGCUCUUUCUGUGUUGAGUGGGAGUGGUGUGUAGGAAAUCGCCAGUUCAGUUCCCGUGCCCCUCCGUUAUUCAGUCUCCAGUCUCCGCCUUCUUACGCCAUAACUAUAAUUGUCCUUAGCCAUGGCACAGUCUAGUCCCUAAGCUCAGCGACUAACUUUAACCCAAAUAGCCCAGGAAGCCCUCUCUCCCUGUUUCUAGGUUUCUGCCUUCGCAUCUUCCUUAACGUCACAAAAGUUACCAACGGACUUCUCUUCUCUUUGGAAGACAUGCUCGAUGAGACGCGCGCCUCUGUAUGGGCGCGGCUCAAAGCUGUCAAGCCGCCGUUUAUGUCCAAAAAACCACACUUCAACUUUAUUUCCGUUCAUUAUACAUGGAUCAUUGGCGCAACCUUGCUAGCUUCCGUCAUUAUAUAUGGUGCUGGCCGCGGCCAAACGUCCUAUGUCGAUUCUCUUAUGUUCGCCAGCGGAGCCAAUACACAAGCUGGACUAAACCCAAUCGACGUCAACCUUCUCAACACCUUUCAACAGAUUGUCGUUUACCUCUUUACUAUAACGUCUAACCCAAUCACGCUACAUACUUCAGUGGUCUUCCUACGUCUUUACUGGUUCGAGAAGAGGUUUCAAGGGUGGGUUACGGACGCCAGACAGCGCCGUGCUACACUUUCUAAGGCCAAGACUCGUCCACGAAAUGAACGCGAAGCUGAAGAAGGAGUCAAUGGUCGGCAUAUUACGGUUGUGCCUUACCAGGGGAGACCUCCACGUAUCACGAACGACGGGAUACUGCUUGAUGGGAAUGAUGUUAUUCAAUCUCAGGCGAUCGCCGACGACGAUGAUGAUGAAAAUCUACCACAUAAACCACCACCUGCGAGCAGCGAUGAAAGCGACACGGUCUCAGCCGGCCGUUCUAACAGCAUAGAGCUAAGUCCUUUGGAGAAACCUGACCAAGGCUUUGGAGAUGGCAGGGAAGCGAAUGAGGGGCAGAGCAGGUCACAGAAUGCGCCGACAGGUAUUAAAUUUGCUGAAACGGUCAAGAGAAGUGACGGAGUCGACGACGACUUGACCAAAUUUCCCCAAAGAAGAAGCCAUGCGGAGCAUAUCGCUAUCCUGGAGCGUCAAAGAAACCAGGACAACGAAAUUCUAAGGAUUCCUGGUCCCCGAGAAACAGAGCGGGGGAUGGGACCUCGAAGGCUGGACAAUGAUGAUACCCAGGACGGCGAUGAUGAUAACAACACGAUUGCUAUGACGAGAACAGUGGAAUCGAGGCCAGACCACGCGACACUAGACUCCAGGGCACCAACAGGCCGCAGACCAACCAUUGUUAUUGCUGAGCCGAAACGUCCCCUCAAGCACGAAUUGACUGAUGAUGCCAAAGCCGUUGGCGGCACUCUUAAUGCCCUUAGAGUUCGCAAGCCUCGUGUAUUCAACCGUGGCCAGAAGGAGGUGCACGAUGAUAAUGAGAGCACUAUGGGCCGUGCUUUCCGAACACGCACAAUCGACACUAUCAAGUCGGCCUUGUCAAAUGACCACACGAAGGACAUGCCUUACCUCAGUUACACCCCGACUAUGGGUCGAAAUUCUAACUUUGUGGGCUUGACCCUGGAGCAGCGAGAGGAACUUGGCGGUAUCGAAUAUCGAUCCCUUAGGACUUUGGCCCUGAUUUUACUUUCCUAUUUUUGGGGGUUCCAGCUCAUUGCUGUAACCUUCCUUUUGCCUUUCAUUCUUCAUAAUGAGAAAUACGGGAGAAUUGUUGAAGGGAACGCUAUUUCAAGAACCUGGUGGGGAUUUUGGACAGCCAACUCGGCAUUCAACGACUUGGGUCUGACCCUAACCCCUGACAGUAUGAACUCUUUCAAUACAUCGGAGUAUGUCAUGAUGAUCAUGUGGUUCUUCAUUAUCAUUGGAAACACGGGUUUUCCUGUCAUGCUACGUUUUGUCAUUUGGGUUCUUGCUCAGAUUGUUCCUAAGGGGACCGGCCUGUGGGAAGAACUCAGAUUUCUUCUUGACCAUCCUCGCCGAUGUUUCACCCUCCUAUUCCCCUCGAGCGCCAAUUGGUGGCUAUUUUGGAUUCUUGCCGCAUUAAAUGCCAUAGACUUGCUUUUCUUUGUGGUCUUAGAUCUUAACUCAGGCCCAGUCGCUGAACUACCUGUCCAUACUCGUAUUGCCGAUGGUCUAUUUCAAGCUGCCUCUACCAGAACUGCAGGCUUCUCAUGUUUCAGCCUAAGCGACCUUCACCCUGCCAUCCCAGUAUUGUACAUGAUCAUGAUGUACAUUUCGAUCUUCCCAAUCGCAAUCUCCAUCCGCCGAACGAACGUCUACGAAGAAAAAUCUCUCGGAGUUUACCACAACAAGAAAGAUGAAGACGAGGAGGAAUCAGCCAGCGCCCUAAACUAUGUUGGUACCCAUCUGCGACGUCAACUUUCUUUCGACUUGUGGUACGUCUUUGUGGGGUUCUUCCUUCUCGCCAUCAGUGAAGGUGAAAGUCUCAAGGCAAAAGACUUCAAUUUAUUUGAUGUUCUUUUCGAAGUUAUCAGUGCGUACGGAACUGUGGGUUUGAGUAUGGGUGUACCCAACGUCAAUGCUUCUCUGUGCUCUCAGUUCACCGUCGUUGGGAAACUUAUUAUCGUUGCCAUGCAAAUCCGUGGCCGUCACCGCGGCUUACCUUAUGGGUUGGAUCGUGCUGUUCUGCUACCUAGUGAGGCACGUUUCCAGAAGGAAGCAGAGGAGAACCAACCAAUUCUUGUUCGCACCAGGACAAAUGCCUCAAUGGGAACCACCUCAGGCAUGGAGCCGCCUAUCAGUCCCGGUUUACCUGGUCGACGUGGCAGUAUGGGCCGUAUACGCGAGCGAGCAAAUAGUCGCAUCAUCUCCCAAUUUUUAUAUCCUGGUCCCGUAAUCCCCAGCAACGAGAUACAUGGUCACAAACGCGCAACAUCAAACAACUCCAACAACCUGCGGGACUUCCCGCGAUUCAAUACUGAGCCAGUGUUCGAAGAGGAGAAGGACGACGUUCCUCCUCUUCGAACCAUUGAGUCUCACAGUGGUGGUCCUCGCCGCGCAGAGACCAACCCAAUGCCCUAAACGACGGGCAACAACCAAAGCUUUGCUUCUAUGGGUCAUGAGACAGACACGGCCUUAUACUUUUGUUAAAUGACUUCAUUGUCCUUCUCAGAGGGGUAUUCUGUUCAUGCAUCAUUUUCACAAAUUACAUAUUUUCCAGACAAAAAAGCGAUUUCAAAUGUCGAAUGGGUUUACGGCGUUCAGCAUCAGGGUUUUAAGAACUUAGAGCUUUUGGAAGGCGAUUGUCAUAGCGCAAGCUUUUGUUUCAUGUCGAGGCAAACGAAUGUCACAAAUUUAUGAUGGUUCUAGAGGCUGGACCAAGGUGUUUUCAUAUUCAUGGUCUUUUAUGUAGCAUAGCAAGAUCCAGACCACAUUGCGUUUCAUCUUGUCUGGGGACUUGUAUAUCAUCAUGACCUUUGUUAGAGUAGCAGUGCCCAAUAGAAGGCGAUCCCGCCCUAGGUGCAAGCCAUUGUCAUUCAUAUCAUUCUAUGCGUCAAGUACAACAAUAACUACACUUUCGCUAUUCGUACAGCAUAUCCACUACUCCUA